UUGAGUCGACCUCAGUUCAGAGCAGCAGCAGAUGUUGCAUCGAUAAGCUGCUCAGAUGGAUGCAGUGAGAGUCGGCCUUUUACUGCUACUGCCAUGUGUUGCAUGCUUUAUAAACGGCGAAGAAACUCUUGUGAAAACAAUCUGGAAAGAAUCUGAUUUCACUCCAAUCUGCACCAACAAAACAUCAAAUAUCAUCACAUUGAUUGUGUGCAAGAUCAGAACGGAGAAUAACAACAAAGAGGGAUGCAGUUUGCGGUACAAGGACGGAAGUGACUUUGUUCAUGAGUGUGACUCCAGGUUCUCACUAAAAACCAGGAAUCAAACUGUGUUUCUGCACCUGACCAGUUUAACAGCAGCUGAUAGUGGGAACUAUUCCUGUGAGUGUUCAAAUCUUGAUGGAACAUUUAUUUUCCAUCUCAACAUCACAGUUAAUGGUGAGCACAUUUUAUAUUCCUUCUAUCAAACUUACAGUAACUAUUUAUUCUCUAACAAUGUUUGUUUUAUUUCCAGUAGACUCAUUUCCUAAUAAUAAUCUAUCAGAUGAAGUUUGGAGCCAGUCUGUAGGAGUGACUCUUCCUUCUGCUUUGACUGCUGCAGCUUUAUUAGUUUUCAUAGUUUCAGUUAUUCUGGGGUUUAUUUACAGAAAACGUCUACAUUGGUGAGAAACUAAUUCAAUAUUCCUGGUUUACUCUUUUACCUAAAUACAAGCUUCACGGUUAAAACUGCUGAUUUAAAAUUUCACUUGUGGUCUUUAUUUGCAUCUUGAACAUAAUUUUUCCAUUAUCUUGAAUCUAAAUUGUUUUUUUUAAUACAUUUGCCCGAACUCUACCUCCAGAUGAUUAUAAUAAACUUUUACACUAAUCUGAGGUUCCUCUCGUAUUAAAGCUCUUGUUUAAGAUCUGAAACACCUGGAUCACCUGUGCAUAGAUCUGCUGCAGCCAUAGUGAGUAAAUAUAUUUAUUUUUAUGUUGUCAUUGUCACAGAACCCUUUUUUCUUUGCCAUUUGUUAUAAAGAAGACUAGAAAACACACGUAGAACAUGUUUCUAUCUUAUGAAUUUUGCCGACCACUUUAGAGAUUAUAAAGCCUCCAGCUAGUUUUUAAGUGGUUGUUUUCUGGGCAGUUGCAGAAAAUAACCACAAGAUGACACUGUUGAGCGCCCCGGACGUCUAGCUGCAGUAACCAAACUGAGUCACUGAAGCAAUCAUAAUAUUCACACAAACUCUCAUCUUCUUGAUACCAAAACUGUGAGAAGAAACUGUUGCAGUUUAAACAUGCAAAUAAAAGGAAUUUAAUCAGUUGCUGCCUUUUAAUAAACAGAUUUCACAGUUCUUGAAAUUGUUCUUUACUGUUUAUUUUAUUGUUUAGGAUGAAGAAAACACAGAUGAACUGUACACAGGUCUCCAGCAGCCAACAGCAGACAUCUACCAAACUGUUUCUUCAGGUCACCAUCAGCAAGAAACUAAAACAAACUCGACUAACAACAUCGAAACCGAUGACCUGGAAAAUCUGGAGAGGAACAGGAUUUAUAAAAUCUAUGAAAAUUUUUGAACCAAUAAUCUGUUGAGAUGAAUAAAGUCUGAUUGGUUGAAUUUUCUUUCUAUGUUUAACUGAGCAAAACUAAUUAUGACGCUAUUUCAGUUCUUUGGUGAUCGACUGCUACGUUGGUUUGUGUGGACAGAAUCUGCUAACUGAAGGAUGACAGCUGAAGCUCUUCACCUGAUUUUCACCCAGUAACAAGUCCCUUUUUUAAAUGUAUAUUAAAGAACGAGCUGACCUUUGAACUCGUCUCUUCAUCAAUUUUGUGUUUGUUACCUUCACAUUUUUAGUAACUGGUGGUUUUAUUGACCACAAUAUUUCUGGCAGGAUUUGUGGCUCACUGGAAAAAGUAACUGCAACAAACUUCAGUGUGAGGUUAAGAAUCUGUUAACUACUUACAUUAAGUGAGAUCAGUCUCUUGCAGCUGCUGAUGCAUUUUUCUGUCUAGUUGCAAACAUGUUUGUGUGAAAGUGUUGCACUAAGAAACGAAAAGGGACCAAACCUACAUCAACCUGUACCAGGACGCUUUCUUCUCUUACUGCUCACAGUCCAGCCUCAAAAUAUGUGAAGACAACAAAGCAAACAUGACAUUUAGAUUUUAUCUAGUCUUAUUAAGCCCCUACAGUUACAGGAAACGAGGCAGGAAGUCCUGCCUACCAGAACGUGCAUGGUUAGGUUUGCAUCUAGAUGUGUCAUUGUCUGAUAUAAGGGGCUACAGUAAAGAAAAGUACCUUUUUCUGCUGGGUAAUAUAAAUAAGAGUUGAUUGUUUUGGUUUUAAGCAAACCUUUGACCCAACAGGACUAUUAAACAGAGAUGCAAAUAUACCUGCAGUUUGUGUGCUCUGUUGUUUCAGAGAGCAGCGGUGAAAGUAAGAGCGUUUCCUUUUCGGAAAAAGUGUCACGUCCUCGUGAAGCACUUUGAAGGGCGAAAAUUUGUGGUUUGAGUCGCCCAAAAUGUACAGAGAGUUCAGACGGCUUCAGUUCAGUGCAGCAGCAAACGUUGCAGUCGCAGAAUAAUUAGAUGGAUGCAAUGAGAAUCACCUUUUUACUGCUGCUGCCGUGUUUCGUGUGGCUUUUGGACGGCAAAGUGACUCUUGUGAAAUCGAUUGGGAAAGAAUCUGAUUUCACUCCAAUCUGCACCAACAAAACAUCAAAUAUCAUCAUGUUGAUCAUUUGUAAGAUCAGAACGGAGAGAAGCGGUGGAGAGCAGUGCAGUCUGCGGUAUAAGAACGGAGGUGACUUUGUUCAUGAGUGUGACUCCAGGUUCUCACUGAAAACCAGGAAUCAAACUGUGUUUCUGCACCUGACCAGUUUAACAGCAGCUGAUAGUGGGAACUAUUCCUGUGAGUGUUCUAAUCUUGAUGGAACGCAUUUUCUCCAACUCAGAAUCACAGUUAAUGACUCAAAUCCCGAUGAGAAUUCAUCAGAUGAAGCUGUGAGCCAAUCUGGAGUGAUUCUUCUUUCUGCUGCAGUUCUCCUAGUUAUCAAAGUCUCAGUCAUUCUGGUAUUUAUUCACAGAAGACGUCCACAUCGAUCCAAAACAUCUGGAUCAUCUGUACAUGGAUCAGCUGCCUCUAUAGAUGACGAUAACUUGAAUGAGCUGUACGUGAAUCUCCAGCGGCCGUCCAGAGACCUCUAUCAAACCGUCUCCUCAGGUCACGAUCAGCAUGAAGUUCACACAAACUCGGCCAAGAACAAUGUAACCGGUGACCUGGAAAAUCUGGAAAGGAACAGGAAUAUUUAUGAGAACUAAUAAUCUAUCAGGAUAAAUACAGUUUGAUUUACAUCAGGCUGAAUUUUUUUAUGUUUUACUGUAUUAAUUAAGCUAAGAUGAUGUAUGUAAAUUUACCUCUGGUAACAGAAUCUGUUACAUUCUCACAUCUUUAUCAACUGUGUUAUGAACAGAAGGUACUAUUUCUACUUUUGCAAAGCUGUUAAAACACUAUUAAUACAUUUUCUGCAUGGGUCAGGACGUAUGUACAUAUAAAAUGUACUUAUUAUUUAUGUAUUGGUGUAUUAUGGUUUUCAUUUGUCUUGCUUGUAUUAAGGAAGAAUAAUUUAAAAAUUAACUUUGGACAAAACGUUUGGCUCUCUCUUCCUUAAACUCCCGGGUCCUCU